AUGACACCCAAGGGAUCUCGCAAAAGAGUGAAGACCAGCCCCUCCGGCGUGGACUCACAACCUGAACUGAGCGGUGAUGGCCGAGACCGCUCAGACUCCCAGUCACGGGGGUACAAUACCAGCUGGUACCCCGGAUCCUGGUCUUCCAUUGCGAGAGUGUCUAAAGCAGCUCCAGUUACCGAGGUUGCCCGUGAGAGUAUUUCAGCGGCCAAAACUGUAGCAUCGAGCAUCACCAACUCGUCGACUUCCCUUCUUGAUACCCCAACAAAGAAUCGGCAUCCUUCCAUCCAACUUACGCGAAAAGUUGGCACCUCGACCAGGUCUUUGCCCGCUGACGCUACCACUACCCGUGUCAACAUUGCAUCGGAUGGUUCAGCUUCCACUACACCUUCUGACGAUACCGAAGAUCCCAGGGCUGUAGAACAGGAAACGUCCGAUAAAGAAGUACCCAGCGAGAGUGAUACCAAGCCGUUAGAGGACCCAGCCAAGGGACAGGAGGCCACCCCUGACGCUGAUCCCACUAUACUGCAUACGGGAUCUGCAGAGGUCCCCGAACAAUCUAGCGGUUGGCUCUCAUGGAUCUAUGGACCAUCGGCUACAUCUGAAGGUGCUGCGAACGUCUCAGAAUCUACACAAGCCGUUGAUCAUCCAUUGGACGAAAACCAAAUGGCAGAGCAGGGUGCUGAACCUGAUGUGAAAGAUUAUACAGCGCGAGAAGAGGAACUGGAACCGGAACCAGAGCAGGCCAAAGAUACUGUUGAAGUUACUUCCUCAUCCCAGAAGCGAUCGUGGCUCCAGAUGUGGUAUGGUACAAACACACCAACCAAGCAAGAAGACCCACCAUCUAUAGAAUCCACGGUCCCCGCUUCCGCGAAUUGCGAUCCAGCCGAGGCUCCCGGCGCAAACAUGGCACCGAACUAUCCUCCAGAUGAGCCAGCAGAACCAGCUGGUGGAUCACAGACCCCGGUCGGAACUACGAGAUCAUCUGGUUGGUCAUUCUGGUCCAGAGAUCCAAACAAAGAUGGACCCUCCGAUAAACCGCAGGAAGGCGAAGCUGUCGAGGCAUCAGUGGGACCUAGUACUCAAUCAAAAAACAUAGCACCUGAACCUGAUACAGAUUCAAAUAUCAAGAUAACCCAGAAAGGCAGUAUCAAAAUCAAGCCCCCGAAAGACAACCGUCUUAAGGAUGGAUCUGGGCCCACCACUGAGGGCACCCCUACAUCUACGGCGUCUGUUGAACCUCGACCAGCCGAUACUAUCGCCUCAAAGCAAUUACAGCAAAUCCUUCCCAACCAAGUAUUGCCGAGGUUUGAAGAAACCUACGCGUUUGAACAAUCGCCCUCUAUCUUGCAGAGUCUCAGUCGACUCCUGUAUCAUGGGAAAGGGCCGGAAAUUAGGCACGUCAGCAGGGUUAGAGAUCCGCUGCAUGUGAGACGUGCUUUGGCUAUUGGUGUCCAUGGAUAUUUCCCUGCCCCAUUCAUUCGAAAUCUUCUUGGACAGCCCACCGGGACAUCUAUCCGGUUCUCCAAUAUGGCAGCAGAUGCCAUUCGGAAGUACACCGAGAGCCAUGGAUACACUUGCGAUAUUGAAAAGAUCGCAUUGGAAGGAGAAGGCCGCAUUUCGGAGCGAGUGGAUCUACUGUGGAAGCUGCUUCUAAAUUGGAUGGAAGAGAUCCGCAAGGCUGAUUUCGUCAUGUUCGCAUGUCACAGUCAAGGUGUGCCAGUAACGAUCAUGCUAGUUGCAAAAUUGAUACAGUUCGGCUGUCUUGACGCCAAACGAGUCGGCAUCUGCGCUAUGGCAGGUGUGAACCUCGGCCCCUUCCCAGAUUAUCGCUCUCGAUGGAUUAGUGGGUCGGCCGGAGAGCUGUUCGAAUUUGCACUGCCUUUCAGCAAGGUCUCGAAAGAAUACGAAGCCGCUCUUAAAUGUGCUCUCAAUUUUGGCGUUCGCAUCUCCUACAUCGGAAGCAUCGACGAUCAACUCGUUUCAUUAGAGUCCUCCCUCUUCUCACCCAUAGCCCACCCUUACGUCUACCGCGCUGUCUUUGUGGACGGUCGAGUCCACGCGCCAAGCUUCCUCUCUCAUCUAGUUGGCUUCGCCCUCAAGCUCCGCAAUCUUGGUAUAUCAGACCACGGUCUAAUUCGCGAACUAAGCACUCCAUUAGCAGGAAGUCUAUACUCAGGAGAGGGACAUUCUCGGCUGUAUGACGAUGAAGCCGUGUACUCCAUGGCCAUUGAAUUCGCACUCGAGACUUCUUCUGUACCAGAUUCCGCGCUCAGCGUCAAGAGAGCCAGCAGCUCUGUCACGCCAAACCCGUACAUUCUCCCCUUCGCCAUGCGCGGUCUGCUGGAAGAGGACUAUGUGCGCCGGGAGUUGCACGAGGAGACUAUGGAAUUGCUCAGGCAAUUUGACAACUGGAAACCUUCUAGUAAGGUUCUGAAGGACGUAAAGUUCCGACUAGAAGGUAUCCGGUCCAAACUCUAG